ACCAGUAGGGAGGAUCACCCAAAACAUAAACUUCACUCUAAACACACUCUUAGCUAAUUACAAUGGAUUUACAGAGAGGGAUAGUUCGGGAGUGAAAGAAAAUGAGAAUAUCGAAAGAGAGGGAAAGUGGAUAUGAGAGAGACAGGGAGUGGAUCAGAAUGGAUGGAUGAGAGGGGAUAUGGGUGGAAAGGUGAGUGGAGAUGGAAGUAGAAGUGGAAGUGUGGGAGAGAGUUGAGGAGAGAGAGUGGAGGUUGCAAGUGUGUGGAUGCCCUGCGGAUAAGCCUUCUAUCCCAUUUUGUAGGUGAUGCAUAGGAGAAUGCAUUGGUUUAACAAAUCUCCCUAAAGUUUUGUAAUGACUUUGAAGCUGGCAAGUAUUUUUGUUUAAUUGUCGAAUACUUCUUAUGCGUAUCAUUCCAAGUGCGAGAGGUAAAUCUUACCAACUGCGCCUUGUUAUCCCUUCUUUUGUUCAGUGAACAUCCAUAUUCAUGGUCAGAUGCAUUUGUUUCAAUGAUUUUAAAUACAUCUUAAUGAAGUUUUAGAUAGGAAAGGUAUUUUAACUUUUCUUUUAUUUGUCUUAUUGAUUUUGCAUGUUACUCCAUCCAUGCAGCUGGAUUUUUCUUCAAUCGAUCUGUUAAAAUUUAUUUAUCCUUUGCAAGAGAUUCAUAAAACUCGAAAAUAUAAUUAAGGCAUCCUAAGAAUCUUUGCAACUAUUUUUUAUCAUUAAUUUCAUUAGGAUGUUUAUCUGUAAAUUAUGUAACUCUAUUUAUGAGAGCGAUUUGAUCAUACAUAAUCUAAAAUCCUAAAAACUGUGUUUCUGCUUGAAAUAGUUUUAUGUUUCCUGUAGAAACAGCUAAUCCAUUUCUUAUUAUUACUUUACAAAAUAUAUUGAGGUGUUUCUAGUGUUGGUCUAUAUUUUUUGAAAAUAAUUAGUAUAUCAUCAAUAUAUACUAUGACAAAACUAGUAUAUGGAAGAAAUAUUUCAGUCGUGAUCUUUUGAAAUUUCGGAGGGUACAUUCUUUAAUCUGAAAAGCAUUACGUUCUAUUUGUAAUAUCCAAAAGGGAUGGUAAACACCGUUUUGUAACGGUCGUCUUCUUUUAUUUGGAUUUGCCAGGAUAACAAUUUCAUAUCAAACUUAGAGUAUAUUCGAGAUCCUUGGAUCCUCUUAUGAGAUCUUGCUUGUUAGGAAUUGGAUAUCUCAUCCAUUGUAAUACUUUGUUUUGAGGCAUGUAGUUGAUUACUAGCCUAGGGACUCCUCUUUCCUUUUCAGCCGCAUUUUCGUUAUAGAAUGCAGCACAGCUCCAAGGAGAGGAGCUUUUUCUAAUUUGUUUUUUCUCAAGUAAAAAUUCGCUUUCAUCUUUGCAUAUUUCUAAAAGUCUUUGAUUCAUUUGUAUAGGCCUAGCCCUAGUCAAAAUUUUUUGUUCAUCAAACUCAGGAACAGAAGGUAAGCUUAUUUGAUAUUUUUUUCGGUACCAAAAUAUUGAGUGUAGCUCAGCACAAAUGCUCUCUUUAAAUUGAUUUUUCAAAGCCCUCUUGGAACUUAGGAUUGGAUAGGGCUUUAUCUAUCCUAGUAUUUUGUAUUUCAUAUGAUAGCUCAUUAACAAACCUUUCUUUGUAUUCAAUCACUUCUUUUAGCUUAUUGAGAAAAGAUGCUUCAAGUUUGGAACAAAAUUUGAAUAUUUGCCAUUUACCAUCAAUUUGGGUUGUAAUACCCUCUUCUAUCACUGUAAAGGGGAUUUCUAGAAUAACUCCUUGUCAUAGAUUUUUAACUAAUAAGAAUGUUGUCUUAAUAUAGGUUUUUCUUAUAUAGACAUGAAUAUCUGGGAUUUUUUUAAAACUUACCCUAAGUUCUCCACCAUUGCCUGUAUAAACUUUAUGGGUUGAUUUUUUAAAGUACCUGGAAGGGAUUAAUCUUCCUCUAAUGCAGUUUACAUUAGCUCCUGAGUCUACUAGAGUUCUGUGUUUGAAUUAAAUUUCUUUAAUUUUAUACUGGAUUUCACAAUACCAUUUGGGUUUCAUGAAUCUUUCUAUAGAGCAUGUAAACUCUAAAAGUUCUUCUUGUACUAAGUGGUUCUUGUCUGAUUCUACGAUCUGCUCUAGUUCUUCAUCCAUCCUUUCCUCGGAUUUUCUUAUUUUCAAAAGUUCUAACUUUUCCUUUAAUAAUUGUAUUUUUUUAUUAGGUUUUUUCCCUUAAUAAGUUGUCAGGACUCGUUUUCUUAUUACUCUACUUGGACUUCCUUAGUCUUUUGAAGACUUCAUCAAGAGAAUUGAAAUCAUGCCUUUUUUUCAAAAAUUUGGAGGGAUUUUACCUCCUGACCCUUUGUCAUGGUAAAGAACUUGGUGAGCUGAUUCCUUCACUCCUCUAGGUCUUUUAGAGAAUCGAUCAUAUUUAUAAUAAACUAUUCUUCAUUAGUCAAUACCAUUACAUCAGCAUCACUGGAUUGACCUUUCGCUGUAAUAUUCAUCAUGGCAUGAACAACUUUUGAUUUCAUCUUCCUCUUCAAUGUCUAGGUUUAGAUUACUAAUGAGGUCUUCUAAUUUUUCUUUUAUUUCAUCGAGGUUGUUACCUUUGGCAAUCUCUUAAAUUUUCUUCUUGAUUUCUCUUUUAUUGCAUCUGUUUGCGUUAUGUCCUCUUCGCUUGCAUUUGUAGUAGGUUGGAGUUUUCGGUGGAGGUGGUGUCCAUUUCUUUCCUCCUUUUCCAUAUACUUUGUCAAUCUUUCUUUUGGGAUUUUUCGGAGCUUUUUUAUCAUAAUACUUCUUCUUAUAUUCUUUUGAUUUUUUGUUUCUUUUGAUAUGGUUUGUCUUGUUGGAAUCCAAAUUGAUAGCAAAAAUCACCUAGCUCUUUCUUCCCAUCAUCUUCUAUUUUUUCAAUUGAUCCUGAAUUUUUAGGUAAUUACACAGUUCAACCCCAACUCUCUAAAUUUUUUGGGCUACUUUGCCCAUGUCUAACUGGCUAUAAAAUAUUCUUCCUUCACCCUCAUUUCUUAAAUGAGUCUUAACCAUUUUUCCAAAUAAGAGUCGAAGAACCAAGAUGAAUUUCUCUUUCCAAAAGUGAAAGAGUACAUUUAGGAUUAAUGUCUGAUGGUUGAUUUGUCAAAAAAAAUGCUGUCAGGGUCUCUCUUUACAGAGUUCAGGAUUUCUUGCGACUGUUGUCCCAAAAAGCCCGCAACUACCAUCUGAGCCGCAACCUUUUCUGAAUUUCCAUGGACUUUUAUAAGCAUUAGAAUACAUAAUCAUCUGAUGACAUAUGGUGAAUAUUUGGUAUUUUGUAAAUACAUCAAGAUUCUAUUCGACCAGGCUUCUUCUGUCAAACUGAACUGCAACUUCAUUGUCGGGUGUUUCCUCGAACUGCAAGUCUGCAUGUGUGGGUCUAGGAUAAUAAUUUUAAUCUUAGAGGCUUAAACUAUUUGUUCAUAGGCUGAGAUUUUAUUUACCUCAUCAUCCUUUAUGGGUUUUCUUGGUGAUUUGUCUUCUCUUUCUUCUGAAGGAGUAUCCUCUUCUGAGUUUUUUUCUUCAGAAUUUUCUUUAGAUAGAUGAUUUAUUGUGUCUUUAAUUUUAAGAGAAGACUCCUCAUUGAUAAUUCAUGAAUUAAUUUCUCCAAAAAGGACAGUCCUAGUUUUACUCCUGAGUCCGACUCAUGAGAUGUAAACAUAGGGGCAACAUUUUUUAAUGAAGAUGUUUUACUAUUUUUUUGGGGUGGCUUAACUUGUUUUAGUUGAGGAAUCUUUUUACCAUCAGGGACAGUAUGUACUAUCAUAUCUGUCUCUUCUUUCUUUUCCAGAAGGAUUGUUUCAAUUUUCUUCAUUUGCUUUUCUAUUGAUCUAAGAGCUAUAUUUGUGAAGUUUUGUUACUCCACUAUUUGUUCCAAAUGAUCGAUCUUGGUGGUUUCGUUAAGUCCUUUAGUGCAUACUUUUAAUGGACUAGCUCGUACUCCUCCUACUUAUAUGGUUUUGAAGGGCGGAUUUACAAACUCCACUUCAACCCCUCUAGCUAUCUUCCAUGUGUUUGAAAGAUAUUUGAUAACUGCUACCUGUAUGUCUGCGGAACAGCUCAAGCCCUUACAAAAUAUUCAUUUUCAUACCAAUCAAAAAAGAGAAUGUUCCUUUCUUCUACCCUCAUUUGAUGUGGUAUAUUUCUCUGAUGAAGCUUUAUUUUGCUUCAUCGUUGGUUCUAAAGAGCCAUAGUCUCUUUUCUCUAUUGGCUUUAGAGUUGAAGUCUUUUCUUAAUAAUUCUUUAUCAAUUUGGAAUUCCUCUAACUCAAUAACAUUUACCUAAAAUUCCGAGAUGGAUUUUAUGUAAUUUUUUAGAUCUAUACUUUUAUAUCAACUUUGUCUUCUGUCACUCUACCUAAUUUUUCUCAGAUAGAGAGCUUGAUCAAAAUUUUAUUCGUAAAUAAAACUUUCGAUUUGACCAACCCAUUUCAGGACCUAAACGAUGGAAUUUCAUCUCAGAUUCAACCCCCUAGGGUGUUAACCUAAAGUUAUAGAUCUCGAAAGGUUAUUUCAUUUCAAAAAAAAAAAAAAAAAAUCUCAAUUGAGCGUCGUAUGACCAACUUAUGGCCUCUAGAAGUUUCUCUUCUAAUUCGGCUUCCUGUUGUGGUAGAUCUUGCUCCUGAAUCAUAUCCAGUCCUGUUCAUCGUAGUUAAAGUAAUCUAUAUCAAGUUUAAGGAUCCUUCUGAAGAUAAGAAGAUGGAUAAUAAAUUAAUAUACACUCUCUCUAAUUGAACUCUCUUGGGUUUGCUCAACCAUACACCACUGAAAGAGCUGUUUCACCCUUCUCAUUUCUCAAAGGACAAUUGUUAAGCCCUUCACUCCAAGCUUUCCUGAGCCCCAAGGUCUCAUUUUUUUGAUAAUAUUAGUUCUAUUGUAGUGAGCGGAAAACUAGCUCCUGUGUCUCUCUAGAAAACAAUCGGAAGCACCGUCCUCAUUCUGUACGGAGAUCGAAAGAUGUGUUGAUUGCGAACUAUCAUAUAAACCUAGUCAGAAUUAAAGACCGCGCAACUUGUAUAAAGAUGAGAUGAGACAUGAGUGGCUGUUCCAAGGAAAUUUGUUAAUAGGAGAUGGCUGUGAGUUGUCUUUGAGUCCACUGUUUGUUUUCUGCUCCAAAAAUACAUCUAAACGUAAGAACAAAUCUGCUGCUUUAUUCUACCAGAAAGUGAAUAAAAUAAAAUUCAUGCUAUUAGUUUUAAUAUUAGUAUGUUUUAGUAUAAUCUUGAAAAAGGAAAAGUCAUCAUUAAUUUUAUUAAAUAAUGUCUAUAACAGAACCAUGUGUCUGCACAUAGAUUAAUUAAGGAGAAAUUCUAGCGCAAGAAAUGAAUUCCAGCUCCUGUUGCCUCACAUUUUUAUUUCCUUGAGAGGCCGCCUAAAUUAGAGAAUACUCUCAGCUACAGUUAUUCCCUUCCAAUACAAGGCCAACAUUUAGGAAUUUAUUCGUACUCCAAAUAAACCCAACUCAAACCGUCGACCAGUGCCAUCAGGUGAGCUAAGUUCUUCUAGAACGCAGAAGGAAUGGGGGAAAUUUGGAAGAAAAAGGGACGAGGCAAAGAAUCGCCAAUACCUUCAGCUCCCAGUAAUGACUUGCCUGCCUCCAAAGGAUGAUGCUCCUGGGAACGGAGAGAUGCACGAUCCAAGCUUCGCAGAAGGUGGUGAGUACAAAAGCCGGAGUCACUCCUAUGGGGAGCCUUAAAUCAAAAACAAGGAGCCCCAAGCUUUCUCAACGUGGGGUCCAGCAGAAAGCUGCAAAACGCUCCUCAUUUAACUUUUUCACUUAAAGCUGGUUUAUUUAUUCGUAGAAAAAUAGCCGUCGGGUUGUUUGAGCGAGCCGCGCCCUCGAAAAUAUGGCCGUUGGAGCUCCGUAACGGCUAAUUUUUGCUCUUCGCUUGGCCCUCUUUUUUUUUUUUUGACCGACCGUUGGAGACUCGAGCAACAGCAACUUUUUUCCACGGAGGUCCCCUUUCCUUUUAAAUUCUCCACCCCGGUUUGCCGUCAUCACUCAUUACCAUACCUCUCUCUCUCUCUCUUUCUGAGUUCAAUCCCCUACCUUCCUGCUGCUUCUCUGGCCAAAGAGAAAGAGAGGUUAUUAUAAUUCAAAAAGAUGAACGACCUGAUGACCAAAUCCUUCCUCAGUUAUGUGGACCUCAAGAAAGAGGCUCUCAAAGACCUGGAAUCCGGGGCAGAGGAGGAUGGCAUCGAGAUGACAGCAGCUGCGGCGGAUGAGAACCUCCGUCGCUUCUUCGAGGAGGCCGGGCUGGUGAGGGAAGAGAUGGGCUCGAUCCGGGACCUCCUGGCGCGGCUCCAGGACGCCAACGAGGAGAGCAAGUCCCUCCACAAGCCGGAGGCUCUCCGCUGCCUCCGGGACCGCAUCAACGCCGACAUCGUCCAGGUGCUCAAGAAGGCCCGGGCCAUCCGUGCCCGGCUGGAGGCCAUGGACCGGUCGAAUGCAGCCAACCGGAGGCUCUCCGGGUGCCGGGAGGGCACCCCGGUCGACCGGACGAGGACGUCCGUGACCAACGGGCUGAGGAAGAAGCUCAAGGAGCUGAUGAUGGACUUCCAGGGGCUGAGGCAGAGGAUCAUGGCGGAGUACAACGAGACGGUGGAGCGCCGCUACUUCACCGUGACGGGGGAGGUCCCCGACGAGGACAUGAUCGAGAAGAUCAUAUCCAACGGGGAGAGCGAGGAGCUGCUGAAGAAGGCCAUCAUGGAGCACGGGAGGGGGAAGGUGCUGGCCACCCUGCACGAGAUCCAGGACCGGCACGACGCGGCCAAGGAGAUGGAGCGAAGCCUGCUGGAGCUCCACCAGGUGUUCCUGGACAUGGCGGUCUUGGUGGAGGCCCAGGGCGAGCAGAUGGACAGCAUCGAGCACCACGUCACCAGCGCGUCCCACUACGUCAAGGAUGGGACCAAGGAGCUCCGCUGCGCCAAGGAGUACCAGAGGAGCAGCCGCAAGUGGUUGUGCAUCGGGGUGCUCCUGCUGCUGAUCCUUAUUCUGGUCAUCGUCAUCCCCAUCGCCACCAGCUUCAGUAAAUCCUAGACUGCGGAUCAGUGUUCUCCUCCUUGUGCAUUCCAGCUUCUUUCGAGGGUUGGAGUUCUGCUCAAGCUCCUCACAGAGUCCGAAAACUGCUGCCGAUAGGCGUGCAACUCGGUGGUUAGAUUUCCUCCGUGGAUUGCUUCUUUUUUCCUCUUCCCUCUGCUGCAUUCUUCUCCGGGUUCUUCUUCUAUUUUAUUUACAUGUCAGGAUCUAUCCAUGUGUGAUCAUAAAUUUUCUCUUUGAUUUCGAAUACUUACGGGAAAUGGUUCUUUGUUUCAUGCCAGUGAAUCUUAUCAAAAACAUACCUGCA